CAUUCGAAAUAAUUAAUGUAGUCUCUAUGAUAUAUUUUUUAUUUUAUGUUGGCGAUGUUGUUAUGUCAUUAAAACGUCAACAAAUUUUGAGGUUAGGCGUCGCAUAGUUUUGAUUUAUUUUAGUUAUAUUAGCGUAUUAUGUAGUUUAGGUAAUGUGAAAUGAGUUCUCCGAGCAAAGAAAAUGAAGAGCCCUCGUCGAGCGGCGCAGGGAUGCAGGAAGAGACUGGUAUUAGUGGUGGUGAGAGCGCAUCUGCGGAGGCGCCGCGGCCGCCCGCCAAGCGGCCGCUCUCGACGGCUGUGAUCGAGAUAUCGGACACUGAUAGUGAUGAUUCCGACGUAUGCGCCGUCAACUCGUAUCAGGCCUCAGUUGACGAAGUGAAGAGGAUUCGUGGUGAUUAUUCUUCAUCAUCAUCAUCUUCGUCAGAUUACAGUUCAGAUUCAGAGUCUCCAUGGGAGGACGACUCAAUAGUUAUAGAAGACAAUAAAGCUGACAUUAAACCAAUCAAGGCACAGCUUAAUCCAAGAGCAAAUCGCAUGGAUGACCCAAAGCUAAAUCCAGCAUUCAAAGUACAAGAAAACAAAGAUAAUCUAGCAGCAAAUUGGAAAGAAUUAAAAGAUUUUACAAAUGGUGAUAUUACGUUGACAUGUGAACCAUUUAGGAUUUGCUUAUUAAAAAAUUUCCUAGCCAAUCCUGAGAUUAUCAACAACAUGGUAGAUGAUAUGAAUACAUUAGACUGGGAGCGUAAGAAGAUGGAUCUGUACGAGUUCCACCAGACAGCAGAUCUGGCGAGCCUCACAUGGCAGCGUAGCAUUAGGGGAAUCUAUGAACUUUUGAAGACUGAAAUUAUGAGUUGGGUCUCCGAGGUAACGGGCAUGGAGCUGAGCUCAGUGUCCGCAUCGUGUUCACUGUACGGUCCGGGCGACCACUUGCUGGUGCACGACGACAUGCUGUCGGACCGCCGCGUCGCCUUCAUACUGUACCUCGCGCCCUGGAGUGUUUCUAAUAGGCCUGCUGGCUCCGUGGAGAACGGCAGCGGGGACUGUCAUAAACAGGAAGCUGACACCAUCAACGUGGAUGAGCUCAGUGAUGGGUGGGCGUCGCACAUGGGUGGGGCACUGGAGCUUCUGUCGUGCGAUGACCGCGGCCCGGCCAACGUGUCCCAUCGCGUACUGCCGAGGAAUAACAUGCUGGCCUUCUUUAGGGUGCACACCGAUUCCUACCAUCAGGUAGAGGAGGUGGUAUCCUUGGAGCUGCCCCGGUUAUCCAUCAACGGAUGGUUCCACGGACCCACUGCUGGUGACCCCGCGUGCCCCACGCAGGCGCCCACGAUACUACCCACGCCAGCGCCGGAAUACAUUGCGCCGGACAAUAGCCCAGUGUUGUUAAACGAAUGGAUAGAAGCCACAUACAUGUCGCCUCGUUGUCGCGCUCAAAUACAAACUCAAAUGGAGCGGUCGAGCGAGGCCUGCCUCCGGGCUUUGUUACUGCCUCGCCAGUACCGGAGGCUGUUAAACGCGCUUCAAUCGCCCGAGGUGGAGUGGGAAUGGGUGGGGCCGCGGCACCAGCGUCGGUACGAGCGCAUCACCGACGCGUGCCUACAGCGGCUGGACAAGGGCGACGCUAUACGGCAAGCGCUGCAGCUGCUGGCCAGCGCCGCCUUCGGCCGCAUGCUGGCCGCCUGCACCGCGCUGCCGCUGCACCGCCUGCAGCCCCCGCAGCUGCGCCGGCACCGACCCGCCACAUACACGCUUCUGCCGCCCCGAGAGGAAUACCAGCAGCCGCGACUCGAGGUCACUAUGUACAUCGGCUCGGGUAUCGGCGACGACGAUAGCGCCGACGAUAGCGGCGACGCUAGCGCUAACGAUAGCGGCAGCGGGAGCGGCAGGGGCGCGGGAGGGGGCGUCGUAUACGUGGCGCCCGAAGACUCCGCGGGCGGAGCCCUACUGUCGCUCACUCCGCAUGAUAAUGCCUUGAAUCUGGUGUAUUGCGACGCCGGGGCAGCGUCUUUUACUAGGUAUCUGAGUCGUCUGACGGCGCCGCACCAUCCUCCAUUCUAUUUACUCACUUGCACGUACUCAGAGUGAUAAUGUUUGUUACAAUUCACUACACUAAACAACGACACACUUGACGCCUGAUGACGGCACUUCACUUGGCUAUUCGUAUUUGCUAUUUGUGAAAUUGACAUCAGUCUGUCCUUUUCAUUCCUAAUGAA